UUCACUUAUGAAUUACAACCGAUGACCUGGAAACUUUUGCUUCAUACUUCAUAUCUCAUAUUCCUUCGGUCCAGGCUUCGAUCAUAAAAAAGCGAUAACUUCACCGCCAUGAAGAUCUCAAACAGAUUCUACCUAGCGUUAUCUGCGCUGAACACGGCAAAGCUGAUAACAUGCACCCCGGUCACCCAAUUGCCACUCAAGCUCGAUAACAAUGAUCAUAGGUUCAACCUCGACUCUGACAUGCCUUCGCACAAACCAGCCCAUCCUAGGCUCCUCGACCCAGCCCUCAUCCGAGCCCUGACCGCCCCAGACGCAGACAUCGAAUUCGACGUCGUCGGGCUGUUGAAAGAGCUCGACCCGUCCAUCGCUGAAGAGCUGGACGAACCCAGGUUCAUCUGGGUCUUUGAUGGGAGUGAAGAUCAAGAUGGAAACGGAGUUGAAGGCGAGGGUGGAAGGUGGAUGACGGAGGGGGACAAGGUGGUCCUAAGGAGACAAGGGAAGAAGUUUGUCGAUCUGACUGGGAGGGAGGGGAGAUGGUCCGGAGAUAAGUCCGGGUCGGGAUCUGAGGAGUUGAAGAGCAAGAACCAGACAUGGCCGACGAUCUCGCACCAACCUCUCGUCCGCUCAAUCUUCCCCCAUAUGACCACCCACUCGAUGUACGACGCCUUGAAGACGUUUUCGGGCUUUUAUAGCCGAUAUUAUAGGAGUGAAGAUGGGAGGAAGAGUCAGGAGUGGUUGUUCAGGGAGAUCCUCAAGAUCGUAGCGAACGCUCCAGACGGCAUGCUCCUCUCUGUCGAGACGAUCCCGCACGCCUACCUCCAAUCGAGCCUGAUCGCCCGUUUCUCUCCCGCUCAACCUCGUCUCCCUCCUUCGACGCCUCAACAACCGCGCAAUACCUCUGACAUCCCGCACGCUCAUCCUCAUACGGUCGUCGUCGGCGCUCAUCAAGAUUCCGCCAACUACCUCUUCCCGCUCCUUCCAGCUCCUGGCGCGGACGAUGAUGGUAGCGGGUCGAUCACCAUUUUGGAAGCGUUCAGGGGGUUGGUGGAGAUGGGUUUCAAGCCGAAGGACAAGGUCGUAGAGUUUCAUUGGUAUGCGGCGGAAGAGGCUGGGUUGUUGGGUAGUUUGGAUGUGGUGGAUGUCAUGGUCGGGAGGAACGUCACUGUGGACGCCAUGCUAGAGUUUGACAUGACGGCGUUCGUCAAGCAAGGUUCGAACGCUACGAUCAAUAUUAUUAGCACCGAAGCGGAUCCGAGCCUCUCGGAUUGGAUCAUCGAGGUCGCCGAGGAGUACUGUGACAUUCCCGUCAAGCGCAGCGAACUGUUCAAGGGAGCCGGCUCGGAUUACAUGUCCUUCUCCCGAGCUGGCUUCCCUGCGGCGUUUGCGACCGAAGCGGACCCUAUGGCAGGGCUGUUCGACCCGUUCGUGCAUACCGUCGCCGAUCGGAUGGAUCUGUCUACAGGAGAAUUCAGCUUUGAGCAUAUGCUCCAAUUCGCCAAGUUGACGGUAGGGUUCGUCGUCGAGCAAGCGGGAUGGAAUGAGGAUUAGCUUUUACUGUAUGAGCCGUGAGUCGCGCCAUUCAAGUUGCGCAUUAUGUUGUG